GGAUUGUUGGACAGACGCACUGGGAUCGCCAGCUCUCUCCCAGUCAGGAGACCAGACUGCAGCAUAUAUCGAAUGCUGUUGUUGAGGUAUUAGCAGUACUAGUCUGGAUUUGGGUUCCAUUAUCCAGUGUAGGUGGAUCUUGUUCCCAUAUUACCUCACACUACUUUUUGUACUGGUUGGAGGAAAGAAGGGAUUUAACAUCUGGCAGAGGACACCCAUAAACUGGGGGAAAAAUUGAAUAUUUGAGAACCAGCUGUUGAAGAGUGACACAUGCUUGCCACCAGCAUUGUCAUGCACUACUCACAGCAACAUCUGAAAUGUUUAUGUAAAUGCUCAUAAUCAGUGACGUUUAUCUAGAUGUAGCAGAAAUAUAAUUCAUAAUUGCACUGGUGACCUGAAUGGUGGCUUAGAGAUGAUGGGAACCCUGCUUACUGGACUCAUACUCUUCCUGUUUGAGGUGGGAUGUGAAAGUGAGCCAACACAUGCUGUGCCAGAAAGAGUAGAGGGCUCAAAUGGAGAAACACUGGUGUAUCUAACACCACACUGGGCUUUCCAGCUGGUCAAUGACUCGCUGUCCUUCUCUAGGGCCGACAGCUUCUGCAGAGGGCGGUUUAGCUCUCUCAUCACCUCAGACCAGAAGGAAGUCUUGGAGCUGCUUCAGCAGGCUGGACUUCACUCAUCCGUCUGGGUCAGGGAUUCCAGCAGAGUAGCCUCCAAGCCUGUGGCACUCUCCCAGCAGUAUUUGCAGUUCUCAGCUCUAAAGUUUCCAAAGGAGUCGCGUGAGGGCUUUGCACACGUCAACAAGUCCUUCCCAGCCCUCUCAUCUGUCAGUGUUUGUGUUCGAGUUCAGUGGGACCCAUGGUGGAGCGAGGUGUCGACCAUAUUUUCCUACGCUGCACCUGUCUUUACCAAUGAGUUCCAGCUGCGAGGCCAAGCAGACAUGCAGGGUCGCAUUUUGCUGGCGCUCAUCAUCCAUGGGAAGCACCUACCAUACAAGGCAUCCUUCCCAAAUGAUGGUGCGUGGCAUCAAAUCUGUGUCACAUGGCAGCGGAGUGGUGGCCACUGGGCUAUCUAUGUGGACGGAGACAGGAAAGACACAGGCUCAGGCACAGACACUUCUAGGGAUAUCUACGGUGAUGGGAUUCUGAUCCUGGGUCAGGACCAAGACUCUUUUGGCGGGAAUUUUACAGAGCCUUUCUUUGGAAAUAUAACUGACCUAAAUGUCUGGAACAUGUCUUUAGAAUCACGCCAUGUCCGUCUCCUAAAUGAAUGUUCACCAGUCACCCAGGACCUACUUUUCAGUUGGAACCUUGAGCUCCUUAGUAGCCACCCUGUGGUCAAAGAGGUGCAGGCCCUUUUGUUUUGCCCGGCAGUACACCAGCAGGUGGAGCUACAGGGCUGCAGAACAUUGCAGGGCUGGUCAGCUCAGCUUCCACAGUUGGGUCUGAUGGACUGCUUCCAUCUCCUGCCUUUCAUCUGCAGGAGCAGCAGAGAGCGUUACCUGAAAAUGAAGCAGAUGAGUGACUCUCAGAGCUCUCAGCCCACUGCUUUUAUGAGCCAGCUGAUGAAGCUCUCCAACCAGAGCCAGCUGAUGCUGGGCCCGGAGCCAUCAGGGCUGAGCAGCCUGGCCCAGGCAUCUGCCCUGCUUGACGUCUCUGUCCAAGCCCUGGAGGACACCCGGGACGAGGGACUGCAGCCAGCAGACAUGAUGUCCCUCAUACAGCUUCUGUCUCUAACUGCAGACGUCCCCUCACAGCCAUUUACCCACGACACUAACUACAGCCAGGACAGCAUACAGGAGCUCAGCCAGCACUUCAUCAGCUUGGCUGACAGCAUCAUCAGUGAAGAAGACACCUUAAAGUGGCAAGCCAUCAAAGAGGUGGUGAACGGCCCCAUGGAUGUGGUCAAAAGCAUUGACCAAAUGGUGACCAGCCUGAGCCCUCGCUUAAUGGCAGAGACCAAUCACCUAACCAUCCGUAGCCCCAACAUCAAAUUGGUGGUGCAGCAGCAGAAGCUGCAGGAAGUAUCCAGAGGAUCAAGUUUUUGUGGACCUGAAACAGAGAAGCCAACCAUCCUAGACUGUAUUUCAGUCCCACAUCAGAAGAUGCAGGAUCUCCAUAAGAAUGGUUUCCAUAACCUCACGCUGGUCAACAUAUGGUAUGGCUCUCUGCGGCCUUUUUUCAAUCCUGAGGAGAACAUCACCAUGGAGCCCACCGUCACUGAUGGCAGCCAAAGGUAUUUAGGCACCAUCUUGGGUUCUUCAGUCAUUUCUACCACAGUACUGGGAGAUGACCAACCAGUUAGCAUGGCAGUUCGCUUCCAGCUCCAACAUAGAGUACAGAAUCCAGAUGGUACUGUGUAUGAUCCAGUGUGUGCCUUCUGGGAUUUUAAUCUAACCCCAGAAGCUGGUGGGUGGUGGAAUACCAAGGGCUGUGAAAUAGUGUCCAAACCAUAUGGAUAUACUGUGUGCUACUGCAACCAUACCACCAAUUUUGCAUUACUGCUGCAGGUGUAUGAAGCCCAGAGGAGCCCAGAGAAUGAAAAAGCUCUGCAGGUGCUGACGUUCAUUGGCUGUGGAGUGUCUCUGUGUGGCCUCCUCUUCACCUUCAUCCUCUUCAUCUCCGUGGGUGUCCCUAAAUCAGACCGCACAACUGUCCAUAAGAACCUUAUAGUUGCUCUGGGAGUGGCUGAGCUGUUGUUGAUGUGCAGCAGUUGGGCUUCUGAAAAUGAGGCAGCAUGCUUCCUGGUGACUGCACUACUUCAUCUCUUAUUCAUGGCUUCUUUUUCCUGGAUGCUGGUGGAGGGCUUGCUACUGUGGAGUAAAGUCGUGUCUGUCAAUAUCAGCGAGGACCGCAGGAUGAAAGUCUACUAUGUCAUUGGCUGGGGUGUGCCUGUUCUGGUUGUUGGAGUAACACUGGUGAUAUCCAUGGACAAAUACAAAGCAGACGAUCAUUGCUGGCUCAAUGUGAAGACCGAUACAAUCUGGGCCUUUGUGGGACCUGUGAUAUUUGUCUUGACAGUCAAUGCGGUUGUGCUGUGUCGGGUUGUCAUGGUGACUGUUUCCAGCGCUCGUCGUCGUGCUAAGAUGCUCAGUCCAAGCUCAGCAUCAAAGAUGCAGACCUAUGACCUUACCUGGGCUGUGACCCGCCCAGUUCUGAUCCUGCUGCCUGUCCUAGGUCUGACCUGGCUGUGUGGCGUGCUUGUCCAUCUGUCUGUGGUAGUUGCCUAUAUUUUCAUUGCUCUCAACUCCUUCCAGGGUCUGUACAUCUUCUUAGUCUAUGCUGUUUACAACAGUGAGGUGAGGAAUGCCAUAAAGAGGAUCAAAGAAAAGAGAAAGGCCUUAUCUUUCACGAACUGCUCCCAGCCAACCAGCUUCCUACCUUCUCAGAGGACUCCGAUCACUUCCUGGGGCCACAGCCUACCGACGACCUCCAGCCCCGAGACCAGUGAGACGUCUGCACCUGCCGGCACUACUUCCACAUCCAUGGUCAUCAAGAACGAGAGUUUCAGAAAGGAGAGCUUUGUGAGUUUCUUUUUGAACCAAGGAUCCGGAAACCAAGUGGUACAGCUGACGGGGUUCAAGCCAUCGGGUUGUUGAACUACAAAUGGAGUGGAACCUAUACUCAGUAUCUACACAUGCAUCUUCAUCAUUGUCAUCACGCUGAAAGAGGACCGCGCACUGCAGGAGGAGAAAAAUGGAUGAAGAUGAAGCGCCGAUGCCGUCACUGUCCUCUUCUCAGAUCUCAUCAGAAUCCGUCUGACAAUUUACUCAUUUGAUAUCUGGCAAACUUUGGACUAAAGAGGCUUUUAAAUCCCAGGACACGCAGUCCACACGCAAAAAUGUGCUCUGGUUUGUCACUGUUGUUGCUUCAGACCGCUCCAGAACAAUGUGUCCAUGUUUUUCAGUUCAAAGUGCAAAGUCAGAAGCAGGUUUUACGACCUCACACUUAACUUUGAGCGAAUCCAAUGUCCGACAGGUGACCCGCAGCGCUGCGAUAGAUUCUAUCAUUCCAUCUUUUGUUAAUGAGAGAAAAGGGCACAAGUGUGAUGUCAGGAAUUUUUAUCAAGGUAAUUGAACUUUUUUCUUUUUCUUUUUUUUUAAUUAAAAAAUAAUCCAAGCAGAAUAGAGACUGCAGUCUCUCCACGUGACGUUUGAGGCAGGCUCCAAAUCGGUCCCCGGAAACUCGACAGCAUUAAAAACCAUGUUUACAGCCUGAUGCUGCUUUUACUGACAGGCACCUGUAACCAACUGGUGUUUGCUAACUCCUCCACCAUCAGCGUUAUCUGACAAAUACUGUGUGGGGCAGUGUGCUCCAUUUUGGUCUGCAUUUAUUAGUCUGUCUUCAGCUAAGCACUAAUUAGCACAUAUCUGUGGAUCGGGCCUGCACAGAACACCAGCACGAUUCCACCCAAAACAUCAACAUUAAGGCUGCAAAAUACUGAGUCCAGAAAACACGAGGAAACUUGUGUGUCCAUCUUUUAUGUACAGGUACAUAUAAUCAGACACACAUUAGUGAUGUUUCAUUUUUGACCUUUGAGUUUGUGGCCACUUGUUUAAAUGUCUGUAGACAAAUAUAAUUUUGUCACUGUAACCUUCACCCUCACUUCACCCAAAUAACAUCAGCUCUGAGGUGUUUCGCGGUGCUCCUGUCGUCAGUUAGAGCUGUUUCCAGGUUUCUGUGACUGCAGAUCUAAAGUACCUCCUUGAAAACUGUUCCAGGGAAUUCUGCAUCAUAUUGAGGAAACAACUGGAAGCUGCUGCCAUAAUGGAACAAUAUUACAAAAGAAUUUCUAAUACAACCAUGUGCAAGUGUCUUUGUAUAUGGGAUGGUUAUCUAAUCAUAUUUCCCAUUUAGACAUGUUGCUCUCUCAUUCAUUUAAAUUUCAGGCACAGUAAAUGCUAGGCUUCAUUCUGCUUCCUCCUGUCCACAAGUUCAGUGGAAAAAGCUCCAAUUCCAGCUUAGCAUUAAAGAUGAGAAAAAGGAACAAAUUCAGUGUGCCACCCAGAUUAUUAAUGUGGGUUUAAUGUUCAUAAAGUAAGACUGUAGACAUGCAGUGGAGUGUAAAAAACAGAUUUGUACUGACCAGAUCUCCACAAACAAGUGGAGCAAUGAGUAUGUUUGUGUGGUAGAAUGUCUGAAAUCGGAUGUAUCUGUCUUGUGUUAUUUGCCACAGUAACUGUAUGCUCGUGUAUUACCUUAUGUUCUACAGCAAUAACGGUCUCAGUAUGUGGAGGGGGAAAAAUGAUCAAAAUACUGUGCAGGCCCACGAAACAUGGGACACUUGGUCAAAAAGAUCAAAAGAACUUAAAAGCUUCCCUAACCUACAUGCUACGUGUGCAGCCUGUUUGGUACGGUCUAGAUGAGGUGCUACACGCCAGCCGUUUCGAUGCUCCCCAUCGUUGCUAGAGCGAUAUGUGCUGUAGGCUGUUUGUGCUGAUAUGCUGUAUGUCUGUGGGGACUCCAACCUGCCUGAAGCUGCAGCAGCUGAUUCAGAUAUCAAAGUAAGAAGUUAACAUGUUUUUAUAGAUCAUGCAUGUUUAGAGAUUAUGUAGUUGGACAGUAGAGGAAGACCAUUUCUGUUCUGGCAUCCUUAAUCGCUUAAUAUCCACCAGAUCAUUGGUGACCUGUCUGUGAUUAAAUUAACAUCUACACCUUUAAAUAGAAUUUUAUUUGAAACGCCAAUAGGAGAAGCUUUAGACAGAAACAUGUUGUUUGUCAGACAUCUAGUCUGCCUGUUUAGCAUGUGGCUAACAAACAAACCUUAGACAGGUCACUGAUCACCUGGUAGAUGUUGGGAGGUUAAAAAUAUUUUUUAAAUGCAUAAAUAAAAACAUCUUUAAAAGACAUGUUACCCUUUGGAAGAACUGUCAGUAUAAUUGCUGUAUAUUUCAAACUGCUGACAUUCCUGUCAGGAUGUCACUCAUGUUUUACAACAUAACAUAACUGAUGGGAAUAUUUCCACGGUGAGACAAGGCUCUGUGUCAUUUGUGCAAAGCUGAUGAAUGUUGUGUAAAAAAAGCCAACACACCAAUCGAGCUUUACGUCAUUGUUUUUUUUUUUUUUAUUGGUUUGAUGCUGUUACAAUAAAAUAUAUUUAAAAAACAAAAAAAGAUUUUGGUCACUCUCUCUUUGGGGAGAAAAGCACUUCAGUUUAAGACAGGACAGACGCUCAACUCACAGGAAAAAAAAGAGUGAACCAAGACCAGAACAAAGAAAGUGAAAACAAGAGAAUCAGUUCCACAAUAGUAGCAAUUUGACCUCAACAUAAAGCAGAGAACUUUUUUUGUGCUGAAAUGUAUCUUUAGCUUGCAGCAGAUAUUCACUUCACAACAUAAAUAUACUAUACAGAGUGAUUACACAUAACUAUCUCAAUUGGAACACUAAGUGUGUGUGUGUGUGUGUGCAGGUGGUGUGACAGUAAAGGUAAGGCUGGAGGAGUGAUUGUCUUGGUAGACGCUCACAUCAGUGG